AUGGCUUCCCAUAUCGAGAUUCACAGGGCAGUUCGCUCGCCCGUGACUUUCUUCGUUAUGCUGUCGUAUCUCAUGAUGAUCCCAGGUGUCUUGGCGAUGAACUUUGUGUCCCGUGAAGAAUGGAAGGCACGCGCGCCAAAGGAAGCCUAUAAACCAAUGACGGAUGCCAAGGGUGUGAAGCACUCAGAGUGCGACGACUUCAUGAGAUCUGUACAAAACGAACACAUGGACGAAUCGCCUGAAGAUUACUUUGACAUUGCCUACAAUCUUGCCGUGUGUGAACAUGGCUAUGUCUUUGAUGGCCGUGGAAAAGGCCAUCGCAGCGGUGCCAAUGGAAAUGUCCAGCUGAACUCGGAUCAUUAUGCUGUGCUCGCCUUUCUCGGAAAGCAAGGUGUCACGGAGCCUAGCGAUGCGCAGAUUACUGGGCUGCAAGAUUCGAUCGCGUAUCUUCGUCGCGCGGGCGCUGGUGAUGAGAUUAAGGGUCACCGAGAUGGUUACAAUACCGAAUGUCCCGGUGGCCCGCUGUACAAACUGGUCACUGAUGGUAGCCUGGACCCUGGUAAACUAUGGGACGGAGGGUCUCAUACAGUACGGAAGGGAGAGGAUCUGGAUACUAUAAGCUCCAAGUACAAUGUACCGAAGCAGUAUAUAAUUGCUGCGAAUGAUCUUCAGCCACCCUAUCGUCUUACUGUCAAUCAGACGAUAGAGGUUCCUGCUCGUGGAGUGCCGCUUGCUGAGAGUGGUAACUGA